UAGCACGGUAGAUACUUGACGGCUGAUCUGUCAGCGAGACCCGCGCUGGCUCUCCUGAUUAGUAUUACCAUUUUUUUUCACGCUCACCCUUUAAAUAGCCACCGUAGUAUUAUGGCCACUUGCGGCGAGUAUAUCCGCAGCCAAUUUCCGACGAUCGACGAUGAUCUGUAUCAAUAUGUAAAAGAUAUCCUAGACAGUUCCAAGGACGACUUCGAGGAUAGCGACGAGGUGUACGAGGCUAUCGGACAGGUACUCCACGAGGUAGCAGACAAAUCUGAAAACGAGGUUAGGCAAAUAUGCGUGAAACUGCUAGAAAUGCUGAAAGGUAAUACAAAUGAUGAGGACAUAGACAGGAGAAAAAACGGUGUUAAUAAAGUAUUAAAUGCUCCGGUGCAUCUGGGUGCACUAGCUGCUACUUUAGAAGAACAAGUUGAGCAAAUCAAGAGUAUAUGGGUCACAACUAGGGACGAUGGAAUGAAAGUAGAUGCUAAAAAAUUAGAGAAGGCAGAGGCUAAACUGCAACAGAAACAAGAGAAACGAAUUGUAAAUGAGCAGGGAUCAGCCUCUCGCGUCAGCACUGCCAAUAAUGCGGCUGAAAGCGCGGCUAGCGCCAGCCAAAUGAUGAGUAAAAAAGAUAGUCGGAUGGAGACUAAAGGUGGAGUGAAUAAAACCCAGGAUAUCAGAAUAGAGAAUUUUGAUGUCGCGUAUGGCGACAGAGUGUUGUUGCACGGCGCAGACUUGACGCUUACCUUCGGCAGGCGAUACGGUCUGAUAGGCAGGAACGGACUCGGCAAGACCACCUUACUUAGGAUGAUAUCAAGCAAACAAUUAAGAAUACCAUUGCACGUGCGAGUGUUGCACGUCGAGCAGGAGGUAGCUGGCAAUGAGACAUCCGCGCUUGAGUCCGUAUUGGAAUGCGAUUAUGAACGAAGCGCUUUGCUUAGUCAAGAGGCAAAUCUGCAAGCAGCUAUAGAGAAGGACGGAUCUAAAGACACGUUAGGCGAAGAAUUGGCCCGAGUGUACGAAGCGAUGCAGUUAGCCGAGGUCGACAAGGCGCCGGCUAGAGCUAGCGCAAUCUUAUCGGGUCUUGGAUUUUCCGUGGAAAGACAAUCUUGGCCAACCAAAGCGUUCUCCGGUGGUUGGCGAAUGAGGCUUGCUCUCGCGAGGGCUCUAUUUUCUAAGCCAGACUUAUUGCUACUCGAUGAGCCGACAAACAUGCUUGAUAUUAAGGCGAUACUCUGGUUGGAAAGAUACCUGCAAACGUGGCCAAAAACAUUGCUUGUAGUAUCACACGACCGCAAGUUUUUAGAUACAGUACCCACUGAUAUUUUGUAUUUACGUGCGCAAAAGAUAGAACCGUAUCGCGGUAAUUACGAGCAAUUCGUGAAAACGAAAGGCGAGCGCGAGAGAAAUCAACAACGUGAAUACGAAGCGCAACAGGCGAAAAGAGCACAUGUACAGGAAUUCAUUGACAAAUUCCGGUACAAUGCGAAUCGAGCAUCUAGUGUACAAAGCAAGAUAAAAAUGCUAGAAAAAUUACCCGAAUUGAAGCCGAUAGAAAAGGAGAGCGAGGUAACUCUCAAUUUUCCCGAAGUUGAGCCACUGAGUCCGCCGAUAUUGCAGCUUAACGAAGUCUCCUACAGCUACAAUGGGACCGAUGUGGUAUUUAGUAACGUGAAUCUUACUGCCAGUCUGCAAUCGCGUAUCUGUAUCGUCGGAGAGAAUGGAGCAGGCAAGACCACUCUCCUUAAGAUCGUCACAGGCGCACUGAGUCCGACACGCGGCACGGUGCAUGUGCAUCGUAAUCUCAAGUUCGGAUAUUUCAGUCAGCAUCACGUCGAUCAGCUAGAUAUGCGAGUCUGUCCAGUCGAAUUGUUACAAACACACUUCCCCGGUAAACCGAUCGAAGAGUACAGGCGAAUGCUUGGAAGUUUCGGAAUAAGCGGCAAUCUAGCCUUGCAAACUAUUAAUUCUCUCUCAGGAGGACAAAAGUCCAGGGUGGCGUUUGCCUUAAUGUGCGCCGCGAUGCCUAACUUUUUCGUGCUCGACGAACCCACGAAUCAUCUCGAUAUUGAAUCGAUCGAAGCGUUGGGUAAAGCUCUUAACAACUGCCAAGCAGGUGUAAUAUUGGUAUCGCAUGAUGAACGUUUAAUCCGGAUGGUUUGUACAGAAUUAUUUUGCGGAGAAGGAUCUGUUCGAUGCAUUGAAGAAGGUUUCGAUGAAUAUCGAAGGAUUAUCGAGAGAGAGCUUGAAUUAUAAGAAGUUAAAUUUUCUUAUGUGAUAUCAUCAUUUUACGUUGUCUUUUACCGAAUAAUGCAUUAUAUUGUGACAGUUUUAGAAAAAUAUCGAUUACUUUAAUUAAAAUAAUUUCGGCUAAAGUA